CAGUAUUACUAUUAUCGCUAUCCAGCUCGUGAGUCGUGGCUAUCGUCAAUGGCGGCCUAUGCAAAGGUCGGCACGGAGUUUCUCAAGGAUCCACUGAUCUGGUUGUUCCUCGCCUCGCUGGCUUUCGUCAUUCUGCAGAGGCGGCGGCUGGGCAGCGCGCCAUUUCCUCCGGGCCCGAAGCCGCUGCCGGUCAUCGGCAACAUGGCGUUGGUGGACCAGCUGACACACCGCGGCCUAGCGGCGCUAGCGAAGCAGUACGGCGGGCUGCUGCACCUUCGCCUCGGCAGGCUCCACGUCUACGCGGUGUCGACGCCGGAGUACGCGCGCGAGGUGCUGCACGUGCAGGACGCCGCCCUCUCGAACCGCCCGGCCACCAUCGCCGUCGUCUACCUCACCUACGGCCGCUCCGACAUGGCGUUCGCGCACAACGGCGCCUACUGGCGGCAGAUGCGCAAGCUCUGCGUCACCAAGAUCUUCAGCCGACGCCGCGCCGAGACGUGGCUCGCUGUGCGCGAGGGGUACGGGGCGCUGGCCUGCGCCGUUAGCAGGCGCUGUGGCGAGGCCGUCAACCUCGGCGAGCUCAUCUUCAACCUCACCGUCAGUGUCAUCUUCCGCGCCGCCUUCAGCACCCGCGACGAGGAUGGGCUGGAUGAGUUCAUCGCCAUUCUCCAGGAGUUCUCAAGCCUCCUAGGAUUGUUCCACAUCGGUGACUUCUUCCCGUGGCUCGGCUGGGUGGGCCGGCGGGGCUUCAACCGCCGCCUCCGCACGGCGCGCGGCGCUCUCGACAAGUUUAUCGACAGGAUCAUCGACGAGCACAUGAAGAGGGGAAAGAACGCCGCCGACCCCGAAGCUGACUUGGUAGACGGCCUGCUCGCGUUUCUCGCCGAGGCAAACCCAAUCAGCGGGAAGCACAGAGAGGACGCCCUCCGCUUCACCCGCGAUAACGCCAAGGCCAUGAUUAUGGACAUGUUGUUUGGUGGGCCAGAGACAGUGGGGUCCAUGACCGAGUGGGCGAUGGCGGAGAUGAUGCGUAGCCCAGACGACCUACGGCGACUGCAGCGGGAGCUCGCCAAUGUGGUGGGGCUCCACCGUACCGUGGAUGAGACCGACCUCGACAAGCUCCCUUUCCUCAGAUGCGUCGUCAAGGAGGCGCUCCGCAUGCACCCACCCAUCCCACUACUCCUCCACGAGGCUGCUAAAGAUUGCUUUGUCGGUGGCUACUCUGUGCCCAAAGGCUCCCGCGUGUUGGUGAAUGCUUGGGCGAUCAACCGUGACCCCGGGGCCUGGAAGGACGGCGACACGUUCCGACCUUCGCGGUUCAUGCCCGGCGAGGGAGAGGCCGCCGAGCUGGACCUCAACGGCGGCUGCUACGAGUUCUUGCCGUUUGGGUCCGGCCGGCGCUCGUGCCCUGCGCAGGGGCUUGGCCAACAUGCGGUGGAGUUCGCUGUCGCGCAGCUCGCGCACGGAUUCAACUGGGAGCUGCCCGAUGGCAUGAAGCCCGCGGAGCUUGACAUGGGCGACAUCUUUGGCCUCACCGCAUUACGUGCCACGCGGCUCUACGCCGUGCCCACACCACGCCUCACUUGCCCCAUGUAAGUAUCGCACCAGACUUGCUCAUGGAGUGCCUUGUAACCGUUGGUCCGUUCAUUGUGUACCCCGACCGGCUUGGUUUGUUUUGGACUUGAUCUCCGAGUCCUAAUUCGCAAGAAGAGACUUCCUAUCAAUAAAGAUCAUGGUCAUAGAUGUGCGUUCAUGAGCUAUCUCAAUAUUCAAAUUGCUCAUGAUAUUCGCGGGGGCGUGCGUGUGCGUGUGCGUGUGCGUGUGUGUGUGUGAGAGAGAGAGAGAGAGAGAGAUUUUACAUCAUAUCAAAAGGAUGUGCUUUUCAGAACCAUAUUGGUAUAUUAUAGUUGUUGAUAUUCUGAUC